AUAGCUGCAAAGUAGGUUAGCAACUGCGGAUUGACUACAUAUAGCUGCAACUUCCCGCCUGACAUUAAGAUUUGUACCAGCAAUAUUCAAACUAGCUAGUACUGCUGUAGAAUGCCAAAAUCAAAGGAAGUUCUGUCCAGUUCCUCUUCUGACUCUGAUUCAGACAGUGAAGUGGAUAAGAAGGCAAAGAGGAAGAAGCCGUCUGCCCCUGAGAAGCCAUCAAAGAAGCAGAAGAGUGGUGAGAGUUCCAGAGCUGGGGGAGGAGCUUCCUCCAAGAGCAGCAAUGAUAAGGAUGACAACAUGUUUCAGAUUGGGAAGAUGAGGUAUGUCAGUGUCCGGGAAUUUAAAGGCAAAGUCCUGAUAGACAUCAGAGAAUACUGGAUGGACCAAGAAGGCGAGAUGAAACCUGGAAGAAAAGGAAUUUCUUUAAACCCAGAGCAGUGGAACCAGCUCAAAGAUCAGAUCUCUGAAAUCGAUGAUGCAGUGAAGAAAAUCUAGUGGAUGCUGUUGAAGUUGAGCUUGCUUUUCUUUUUGUAGUUAUUACUAACCAGAAACUUUUACACUGGCAUAUGUUUUCUAAAUGACAAUUUAAAAAAAAUUAGACUUUUUUUAAAACUAAAUUGUGUAUAAUUGCAGUUUAGUAUUCUUUGAAUCUUCCCAUGCAUGUGCAUCCAAACGUGUGAAAAGCAAGACAGGUGGUAGUUUUGACUUUUUUUUUUUUUUUUUUUUUACUGCUUGUAUUUAGGGGGUGGGCACAGUGAUUCUUAAUGUACAAUAAAAGCUGUUUAAAGCUUGAA